AUGGCGCAUGCGCUCUCGUGGGCUUUGAGGGGCAGCGAUAGAUUUAAUUAUUUUUUCCUUUCGCGGCGUCUACUCUGCUGGCGUCGUUCCUCGCGUCGCUCUUCCCUCUGGGCCUCCAGGGGGGCUCGGGCUCCGGUAGUCGGUCCCGAAACAGCAAUAGCAUGUCCAGCCGUGCCGCGCCUCAGGAGGUAGCGGCGGCGGCGGCAGCGGGGACCGCGGGAGCCGUGCAGGAAGAACGGGGCCUGACGGGCGCUUUUCCCUUGGUGCUGAAGAAACUGAUGGAAAAUCCGCCGCGGGACGCGCGCCUGGAUAAAGAGAAGAAGGAAAAACUAGAGGAAGAUGAAGCAGCAGCUGCAAGUACAAUGGCAGUCUCUGCCUCCCUCAUGCCUCCCAUUUGGGAUAAAACUAUUCCUUAUGAUGGGGAGUCCUUUCAUCUGGAGUAUAUGGAUCUGGAUGAAUUCCUGUUAGAAAAUGGAAUCCCUUCCAGUCCUGCUCAUCUGGAUCUGAGUCAGAAUCCUCUCCUGCCUGUGGCUGAACUGGAAGGAAAAGAACCUGCCACUGUUUCUGCUGCUGCCACUCCACCUGCAUCAUCUUCCACAGUGGUUUUCCAACUAUCAGAAACUACCACAAAUGCAGAGACCUUGCCAGAUAAUGAAAGAUUGACUCCCAACCCUGUUGAUCCAGAUUGUGUUGAGGUUGAUGUGAAUUUCAACCCUGACCCUGCUGAUUUAGUGCUGUCCAGUGUGCCUGGAGGAGAGCUCUUCAAUCCUAGAAAGCAUAAGUUUGCUGAAGAGGACUUGAAACCACAGCCUAUGAUUAAAAAAGCCAAGAAAGUCUUUGUCCCAGAAGAUCAAAAGGAUGAAAAAUAUUGGACAAGGCGGAAGAAAAAUAACGUGGCAGCCAAGCGAUCUCGGGAUGCUCGGCGCCUAAAAGAGAAUCAAAUUACAAUCCGAGCUGCCUUUCUGGAGAAGGAGAAUACAGCCUUGAGGACCGAAGUAGCAGAGCUACGGAAGGAAGUGGGAAAAUGCAAGAACAUUGUCUCUAAAUAUGAGAGCAGAUAUGGAUCCUUUGACUUAUCCGAUUCCGAAUGAUGCAGCUUUAAAGACUCUUAAAUCACAAGGAAACUAAAAACUACACGUGAAACCACCUGCCAUCAGAGCGAACAGUGAGAGAAGAUGAGGUAUUCCACACAAACAGCUGAUGACUCUGCUUCUUUGCAAGUACCUCCUUGAACUAUCUAAGGGCUGAGCAUGAUGAGAAGACUAAGGUCUCUAGUUUUACACUUCCCUUUGUACAAUUUGCAGUACAAUGUUUAUUUCCUUUCAACCAUAUGUGGUGCUUGUGACUUGGAAUACAGCCUGAGCAAGCUGUAGCUUUGCAAGGUAAUUCUUAGGAGAAAAGAGCAAGUUUUAACUGAAAAUCACUUCAGCUAAACAAAAAAGUUAAAAAUUCUAUUUGUUUUCAUCUAUUCUAGAAAAGGGGUAUUGCCUCUAAGUCCUGUUAAGUAACAAUACUGUUGAAACAGAAAAUAUAAGAAACAGGCCAGAAUGUUUUGAUUUAAUAUCCAACCAAUAAAAAUAACAAGCACCUUAGGAUGCACUGCAUAUUAUCAGAUGUUUUUGCCAUUCAUAAACAUUGACACCAGGCCUUCUUUCACACAUGAGGGCUGCACCGAUCUGAGACUGGCACUGCCCCCGUGCCCUGUGAGACUGUGAAGCUUGAGAAACUGAGCUGAAUAACUGUUAGCCCUGCUGUGGAGCAAGAGGAAACACUGUAAGAACAGUUUUGUAGUGUUUCUUUGGGGCAGGGGAUGACAGCAAGAUUUCCAUUGUUGCAUCUCAUGCUGUGGGAAUUCUUCCCCACCUGCCACCAAUCUCCAGUUUUUGACGGGCAGCAUUGCUGUUCCCCCUAUUGGUUGGGAUGGGAGGUGGGCUGCUUGCCAUUUUUUGUGCCCUUUCAUUAGUCAUCCUGAGGAAUGCAGGCCCAUUUCAUGGUGAUUGGAGCAGAGCAUUUCAAAACUGCUACUCAGGACAGGAUUGGAGAGAUGAGACAGCUUUGUGCAAGCAUCCCAAGAUUUUUAAGUUAGCAUUUUUCCUUCCUGACCUCUGACAAUACUUUUGUGAGAUUACUGUGAUGUUGAGCUGAUGCAUUUUCACAGUAUACUCUUUAUAAUAAGCAUAGUGCAAUUUGAUGUCCUUGCUUUUCUAAACAUACCUUAACUGUAGCUAUUUAAUAAGAGACAAGUAUUACAAUUAAUAAAGGACAGAUUGGACAAGAUGGAAUAAUUUAGUCCACAUUUCCUCUAUUUUUACAUGGAGAUGGAGAGAUAUGAGAACUCUGUGUCUAAUUUUCUUUACUUCAGUGAAUGACAUUGUUCGCACUAUCCCAUCAAAGUAGGGGUAGUCUGGUUUUCUGAAUUACAUAAAAAUUUAACACAACUAUUUUUCAUCUUCCCUUACAUUCUCCUAAAGCAUUUGUGAAUUUUCAUAAAUGUUUAAUUUAGUGUUAUGAUAAUAUCACACAGAACAGUGAAAGAUAAUUCAGAUACAUGCCUGUGAGAUGGCAGAAAUAGUUGACAAACCACAUAGGUAGUAAAGGUUGAAUGAUGAGAUGGGAAUUAGAAUUCUGUAGAAAUUGGUGAUCUACAUUCAAUUGUAGUGUGUCAAAAUAAUACAUAUUUGGAUGUAUUUAUUAAUGAUGAACACUCAGUUAAGCAAUUCUUAUAAAGCAUGUAAGAAUUGAAGAACCUUGCUGUUUGUAGCAUAUUUCAAAUUGUAAAGUACAGGCAGUCCUUGCUUAACAACCAUAAUAGGGACCGGAAUUUCAGUCACUAAGCGAUGUGGUCAUUAAGCAAGGCACCACAUGACCGGACCCAAUUUUACGAACAUUUUUGUGGCGGCUGUAAAGCGAGUCACUGCAGUUGUAAAGCAAACUGCAACAGUCGUAAAAGGAAUCCAUUGUUUCCAGUUGACUUUUUGGGUCAGAAGCCGACUGGGAAGGUCACAAGUCACAAUCAUGUGACCGUGGGACACUGCAGACGGUCAUAAAUAUGAGCCGGUUGCCAAGCGCCCAAAUCGCGAUCACAUGACUGUGGUAGUGGUGUGAUGGUCAUAACGUUGAGAGCAGAUCAUAAGUAACUUUUUUAGCCCUGUUGUAUCUCCGAACCAUCAUUAAACAAAUGGUCGUUAAGUGAGGACUACCAGUAAAAGCUUACUCAGAUUCAGCCCAGCUCCUGGCACUUUCAUGGACAUGUUCACAGUUUUCUUGGUAGCAAUACAGAAUAUUUGUUCAGCUUCUCAGACUAGCUUAUAGACUUGGUAUUUCCUAGUGGUCUCCCAUCCUGAUACUAACCGGAUCCUGCUUAGCUUUCCAGGUUAACCAAAGUAGGCUAGAACUUGCUUUUCCUACUUAAAUGCAGGUUUGAUUGUUUCUGAUUAGGAAGCAAACAAACAUGCUGUUUAAAAUUCUAUGAAUGUGGAUUUUAAAGUCUCUAAAAUCUGAGAAAAUUGGUAUAAAGGUUACAUAAAUUAGAAAAAAUAAUCAUAAUACCAAUCUUAUAAUGCUUGUCUAAAGGCUGUGCUGUAGUUUCUUAUAAGUUGCAUUUGGUGCCAGAAUUUCAGUAACUGUAUUCACUAUGUUACAAAUGCAGCUUAUAAUGAUCUGUGUGUUAGAUAUUAUUCAUUAAAUUCUCUGGCUGUAUUUUGUGAAGAUUUUAUGAAUGAACAACAUAAUACAAUCUAGCAAAGACUGUAGGAAUAUAUCAAGUGACAUUGUAUAUAUUGUGUAACUAAAAAUCUUCAAUAGCAGAAAUACUACUUAUUAUUUAUGGCCUGCACAUAUAAGCCUUCAGUAGUGUAGCAUACUAUGUUUUAAGACCAUGCUAUAAAAAUAUCUGCAUAGCAGGGAAAUUGCAGUAUUUCACUUGCUUGUUAGUUGCUUGAAAGUCUUAUAAUAACUUUAUAUUUAACUACAAAACUAUAUGAAAUUAUAUAGCAGCUAUAUUUCUGACUUUUGUUAGAAAUGGCAUUUCCUCUCUGAAUGAGAGAGUUCUCCCAAUUCAAAAACAAGUUUAGGAAAAUUAAGAGAAGAUGUAUAGAUCAUAAGCAUAAAUAGGCUUACCAUCUUUUAUAGCUUUUCUACUUGGUAAUUCCAUUAUGGUCAGCAGAGAAAGACAUUCUUAAUUUGCCCCAGUGCUUAGUAUUAUGUAUCCAAAUAAGUAAUGCACAAUGAAGGCAGUCCAGUAGAUGUGAAAACUCUUCUGUUGCCUGUUUCUUUAUGUACUGGAACGGUCUACAGUAGACAAUCAGAAUAUGUUCUAGUAGGAAAAGUUUUAGGCAACAAUGAAUUUUGUAUAGGCAUUCAGAUUUUAUUCACAUGCCACUGAAUAGCUACAUGUGAUGAAAUUUAUUCUAAAUACUGGGGUGAAGAAAUUUAUGGAAUAGUACAAGAAUAUAAGUGAUUUUUAAGGGCAUCCUAGACUAAAUUGCAUAAUAACAUUUCUUAAAGGAAUUUGAAUGAAAAAUUCACCAGAUAGAGGGAAAGGUCUACUAGUAUUGUUUUAUUUGUUUGAUAGGAAAUGUUUAUUUUUAGAGUUUGCCAUGCCUGCCAUGCAUUCUUUUUUUCUGUUUUCCUUAAGAUCUUGGAUGAAAGACUCUAAAAAGAAAAAUAUUUAAAAACUCCUGAACAUUGUAUGUCAUAGGGUUCUUUCUAUAUGAAACACUGCCAUUACAGACAAUUUUUUAUUGCACUCUUUGCUUAAUACCAGCUACCAAAUAUGUGGGUUUCUUGACAAAAGAGGCAUAGUGAUAUUGGGUGUUUUAGCCCUCUCAUUGGUUUCCUUUUGUUUUUUUACAUUCAGUAUCUGUUGGAAAAUAAUCUUUUACCGUUUGUCUAUAUUUAUCAUUUUUUUACUCUAAUAACAAGCAAAUACAUAAUAGUAAUUUCAGUAUGGUCAAGCAGUAACUCAUAAUAGUGGAAAAUAACAUAUCCUUUUUUACUUAAUUUUAUCCAUAGAUUAAACAUUGUAUUUUUAAAAAAUAUAAACUAUUAUUGUUCAUAAACAAUUGAUUUGAAUGGGCAUAGCAUAGAUUUUUUUUAAAAAAAUUAUUGAAUAUUUGUGUGAGCCUUCUAUUUGGGUUAGGUUUAAAGGAGAUUUUGCAGUUCUCUGUGGUCUCUGUACAGAUUUCAUGUGAAAUUUUGAUGGAGUCUCUCAUUUUGGUAUAAUUCAUUCAAGAAGUAGUUAAUGAGACAUUUACCUUGUGUUGUGAAUUCUGAAGCUUUUCCAAGCUUUGAUGUUUAAUCUAUGCUACCUUGGUUGCCAUUUUGUAUGAUUGCUAAAAAUCACCCAAAUCUGUGGCUUUUUAAAAGUACAUAUUGGCAUUUCUCCAUGUCCUUUCUGAGCUAUAUUGUGCUGUGCUGUCUGGAGUAAUCAAGUAUUUUAUAUGUAGGAAGUGGAAGAGAAUGAGCAGCAAAGCUUGCAGAUAUAUUGCAAAAUGUUAGAAUAAAUAUUCUUUGAAUAACCAGAAGUACCUGGUACUGCACUAUAAUACUCAUAAUAUUCUUGCUUUGGGAAUUUUUGUUUGCUUGUUUUUGGUACAAAAUUCCCAAACAUAAGCUCCAAAUUAAUCAGAUCAGCUCAUUUGCACUUUAACAGUCCUUUUCUUUAAUACAUAAGUUAAAUGCAUUUACAUCCAACUCCUUUACAGUUUUUGUUAACAGUACAAGCAGCUUGCCUGAAGCAGAAAGUGGAAGGGAGAUACAAAAUUAACUGUUAGAUCUGCGUUCAUAGCUAUCUAAUUUAAUCUGAGAAGCAAGAAGGAGUUAGUGCUUACUCUGUGGUUGAAAGACAUGCUCUUUCCAUAAGAAGUCUGUCAUUCCCAGAGGGAUAAAGUAAUGCAUAUGCCUUCCUCACAUUUGUCUUAGAACUUAUCAAAUGUUUGAUUCUUUGCAAAACAACAGUACAGCAGAGGUCUAUAAUGUGUCACCCGUGGGCAUAAAAGCUUCUGCCAUUCCCCAUGGCAUCUAAAAAUAUCAACCAUGAUGAUCCCAAAUGCAGUCAUGAGAUUGCUGAGAUCUAAUAAAAUUUCAGGUAAUUUUGAUGGGAUAGGUACCCAGGGCCUAAAAAUAUUGUUGACUUUGUAUUACGGACAUUCUUCAUAUUUCUUCUGCCUCCUUCCCCUUAGCUUUGCAAUAAAUAUGCAUCAUACAAAUUAUAAAUAUGUCUGUAGUCAUAGGUGAAAGAGGUAACAAAUGAUGGGUAGGAAUAAGAAGACAGAUAUACUAGCAUGCUAUAGCCAUUCUUGGGAAUCCUAAUUUUAAACCAUUUAUGGCUUUUGAUGUGAAAGUUUAGUAUCUUGAUUGUAUUUCUUGUGAACAUUUAGAUUCCAAUGACAAAAAAAAAGGACGUGGUAUUUCCUUCCAUACUUGGUCCAUUAGGUACAUCUUUCUUGCAAUGGGGUUUUAUUAAUUGUGAAUUUUAUCUAAAUUCAUAAAUAAGACAUUUGAAGCUCAAGGUAAGGUGGCUUUUUAUUUUAUUUUAUUUUAUAUUUUAUUUUGGCUGAACUGGGAUCAUUUACUUGUGCUUUGAAACCUCAACUGAAAAAAUGCUUAGUAGAUUUCAGAAUAACAAAAAAAGUUUUAAUGUUAUAUUAGUGUUUGAACUAUGGUGGUUAAUUAACAUUAUUGGAAUAUUGUAUUUGUAUUACAGAUAUGUAAAUACACUUUAAUAUUAAAUCUCAGUCCUCAUGGAGUAAUAGGUGCUUCCAUUAUAAUCUCUGCAAACUUGUUUAAAAAGUUUUAAUGUAGCAUGGCUUAAGGUGAUUUUUUUACAAAUUAAAUAUCAAAACAAAAUUAGAUGUUGAGUUUUGGAUUGUAAUGCUCUCUAUUUAAAAAUAUUUAAUUAAAUCUCUAGGGUUGAGAAUUGUGAUGAAAGUUAUUUCUUUGGUAGCUUAAUUUAUUCAUAAUAAUACUUAGAGCAAAUUCAUUCGAGAACAAGGGUUCUGCUAAGUGGCAGUUUCCUCACCUUUUACAUCUCAUUGACGAAAAGCACAUGGUGAUUUUAGAAACAAAGCAGCUCUGCAUUUUGCCUUAAUUUGCACCCUUCAUCAGUCUGCAGUGAAUUACCAUUUAAUAUAUCAUAAGUUAAAUUCCUAACAUCUUAACUAUAAAAAAUUGGACUUACACCUCACAUUUUGUGUACUUGUAUUCCUAUUCUAAUCACACUUUAAUAAAUGGAAAAUUUGCCUGACUUCUCAUGGCAGAAUAGUCUUUCACAAUGCUUUACCAGACAAUUGACUAUUUUGAAGACUUGAGCAGAAAAUAGGAUAGAUUUGGAAAAUCAAUUUGUUCUAUAUUAGUAUUUUCAGGGGGAGAUGGGCGGUAAUAGAAAUUUGAAUAAUAAAUAAAUAAAUAAGAUAAACUUUGUACUGGAAACAGUUGCAUGCAAACUCCAUGGUUUGAAAGAGCAAUAGAAAACCAAUUUGGUGGAGAUACAGAAAUAUUUAAAGAAACUUCAAAAUAUCAAAAUGUUACAAAUAAUCAACUUCCUUUAAGGUAAUAACAUGAAAUGUAUGUACUUUUAAUAGGGAUGUUGUUUUUUUAUUCAGUUUAAAAUACUCUUCCUGUUUUCUAGUAGAGCGAACAUUUUUAGUCCCAUGUAUCAUUAGAGGGGAAAUUAGACGAAACUACAAAAAGAUGCAUAAUUUUUAUAUUAAAAAUAUUAAAAAUGUACUUGUGUUGCAAUAUACUUUCAACAUCUGCAUUUCUCUUUGGUAUGUCUAGUUUGUAGUGAAUGAACAGUAAUUUCUGUAUAUAUUUUUUACAUGAAUAUGUAAACAUUGAAUCCAGAAUAAAGAUUAUUACCAUUAAAAAGCUGAGAUAAAUUAUAUCUUGCUACAUUUGUUAUUUCUGCAAAUGCUAUAAUCCUGUUUUUUAAAAUAAAAUAUGCAAAAGCUUAAUGAAUGGCAAGUAAAAAGACUUAAAGCACAGGUGGGCAGCCUGAUACAAUUCAGUUAAUAUAAUUCUCAUAAAUCAUAACAGCAUAAAUAGAGGCUAUGGAAAUGUUUAAAGUAUGUGGAAACUGUAGAUUGCCUACCUCUGAUUUAAACUGUUGUUCUGAUAAGGAAGUAACAUUUCAGUGACAAAUUCUACAUGGUAUCCAUUUCUAUUUCUGUUACUUUUUUAAAGAUGCAAUUAUGAUUAUGAACUCUCUGAGUGUGAAAUAGGGCUGGAGUUUCUGAAUAUAUAAAAGCCUCUGCUAAAGUGUUUUUUGUAAUGCUUUUGUUUAAAAUAUAAAAUUUUGACUGUAUUGAAUUAUGUUAGUAUAUUUUUCCUUCUGAAAAAAAAUAAAAGUAUAUUCUACUAAAUUAAAA